CGGGAAGCCCAGCAGCCAGCGCGGCCGCAGCCGUCGAGGAAGGGCGCCGCCGCCGCCGCCGCCGCCGCUGCCGCCGCGACUGGGAGGCGGGCGCCUAAAGCGGCCGCGCAGAUGCCCCGUCCCGCCGCAGCGGGGCUUCUGCCGGGACCGGCGGGCGGCGGCGGCGGGGCGGAGGGCAGCGGCAGGUGAAGGACGCCCGCGCGCUGGGCAGCGCCACAAACCAAAGAGCGGCCAAAGCCGUUGCCGCGCUCCGCUGACGGGCCAGGCGGGAAGGCUGCUGGCUCGGGGAGCCGCCGAGGCAGCGAGCCGAGGAACCGGACCCGCCGCCCGCUGGCCCGUUCGCCUCUCGCCGGCGCUUGGAACGCUCCGCCCGGCCGCCGCUUGUGGAUUACCCGCCGCCGCCGCCGCCGCUUCUUGGAUAGUUACCUCGCCUCGCCAGCGGUCCCCGGACGGCAGCGUGGAAAAUCAGGCAGCCACCAUGCCCGACUCGCCGGCCGAUGUGAAGACGCAGCCCCGCUCCACCCCCCCGAACAUGCCCCCACCAUCACCAGCGGUCUCCCAGGGAGCCACGCGGCACCCGACCUUCACCUCAAACCCCAAUCGUGAUGCUGGGCCGCCGAUGUUUCUCCCUCGCGGCCGAUUUCAUGGCUGCCUGAAAUGGUCCAUGGUGUGUCUCUUGAUGAACGGGAGCAAUCAUUCCCCGACGGCCAUCAACAGGGCGCCCUCCACGCCCAAUGGCUUCAGCAACGGGCCGGCCACCUCCUCCACCGCUUCGCUCUCCAACCACCAGCUCCCUCCGGCCUGUGGGGCUCGCCAGCUCAGCAAGCUGAAGCGUUUCCUCACCACCCUGCAGCAGUUCGGCAGCGACAUCUCCCCGGAGAUUGGGGAGCGGGUGCGCACUUUGGUGCUGGGCCUCGUGAAUUCCACGCUGACCAUUGAAGAAUUCCAUUCUAAGCUCCAGGAGGCCACCAACUUCCCCCUGCGCCCGUUCGUCAUCCCGUUCUUGAAGGCCAACCUGCCCCUGCUGCAGCGGGAGCUUCUCCACUGCGCCCGCAUGGCCAAGCAGAGCCCCGCCCAGUACUUGGCGCAGCACGAGCAGCUCCUGCUGGACGCCAACGCCUCCUCGCCCAUCGACUCCUCGGAGCUGCUGCUGGAGGUCAACGAAGGGGUCAAAAGGCGGACGCCAGACAGGACCAAAGAGAAUGGCUCGGACCGCGACUCCUUGCACCCUGAGCACCUCAGCAAAAGGCCUUGCACCCUAAGCCCUGCCCAGCGGUACAGCCCCAGCAACGGGCUCAGCCAUCAGCCCAACGGGCUGCCCCACCCCACCCCUCCUCCCCCCCAGCACUACCGCCUGGAGGACAUGGCUGUGGCCCAUCGCUACCGGGACACCUACCGCCCUCCGGAUCCUCGCGACCUUCGGGAGCAUCCCCGGCCAGCAGCCGUCCACAGUUCCCGGCAAGAGGAGGUGAUUGACCAUCGGCUGACCGAGCGAGAAUGGGCCGAAGAGUGGAAGCACCUCAACAAUCUCCUGAACUGCAUCAUGGACAUGGUGGAGAAGACACGCCGGUCCCUCACCGUUCUGCGCCGCUGCCAGGAGGCUGACCGCGAGGAGCUCAACCACUGGAUCCGCCGCUACAGCGACGCCGAAGACAUGAAGAAGGGGCCGAGCCCCACCAGCCGCCCCCUCAACAGCACUGCCAACCUGGAGGCGCCACUGCUAGAUGCUCAUCGUGAAUUUGUAUCCAGGCCCCUGUCUGGCUACAUGCCGGAAGAAAUCUGGAGAAAAGCUGAAGAAGCCGUGAACGAGGUGAAGCGCCAGGCCAUGUCGGAGCUGCAGAAGGCCGUCUCGGACGCAGAGAGGAAGGCGCACGAGCUGAUCUCUACGGAGCGGGCCAAGAUGGAGCGGGCCCUGGCCGAAGCCAAGCGCCAAGCCUCCGAGGAUGCUUUGAGCGUCAUUAGCCAGCAGGAGGACUCCAGUGAGAGCUGCUGGAACUGCGGGCGCAAGGCCAGCGAGACCUGCAGCGGGUGCAACACGGCGCGCUACUGCGGCUCCUUCUGCCAGCACAAAGAUUGGGAGAAGCACCACCACGUCUGUGGACAGACCCUCCAGAGCCUCCAACCUUCAGCCGGGGCGGGCUCUUCUGGCCCGGUUGGGCUGCCCGGGACUCCCGCCCAGCCAGACGGGGUGGCCGUGGCCAGUUCCAUCCCCGGCGUGGCCCUGGGAGGCAGCUCCAGCAAUCCAGGCUCUGCCACCGCCUCGCGUUCUGGCACGCCGGCAACCCCAGCCCCGUUGGACACCACGUCCCGCUAGGCGAGAGACAAAAGGGGACCCUCACUGCUGCUGCUGCUGCUGCUGCUGCUACCACUGCUCUCCAAAUGGAAAAGGAAAAACAGAACCAGAAAACUGCAUUCAAUGCAAACCCUCAGCUACCUGACACGUGUUUGACCUCCAGAGCAACCUCUGACUCUACGACGGAAUCCUCACGAAUCCUCAGACCCGGCUUUAAAUGGAGUUAAGGCAAGCCCCGAGCCUCGUCCGUUCUUCCAAGGCGGGGAUGACGGUGGGAGACCCCCGACCCAAAGGAUGUGGGGGAAUCGGAGGCGGUGGUGGUUGUUCUUUUCUUCUCCUCCUCCUCCUCCUCCUCCUCCUCCUCCUCGGACGAGGCAUCGGCAGGUAUCCCCACCUCUUGACUUGGGGACAGGAAGGGAAACGGGAGGGGGCUCCCUCUGCCUCCUCCUCCCGGAGGUGCGUUCGUGGAAGUAAAAAGAACGGAAGCCCCUUCCUCUGAGAGAGGGAGGAAGGGGCAGAAGAAGGCAGGGAAAAAUGGAUUUCAGUUACAAAAAGCAAGCCUUUUUUUUUUUCCUUUUUGUAAAAAAAUAAAAAUAGACAAUAAAAACAUCAAACUCUUUGGCUUUAAGUAAAACAGAAAGAAAAAAAAAUCCAAAAAGUACCCACAAAACCAAGUAAAGGAAGCUUACCUGUAAACUACCUUGCUAGUUAGCCAAGAAAUACACCACGUUCACCUCUGCUCCAAAGGAAAUCCAAAAACAGAAAAGAAAAAAAAAAGAAUCCAAACUUUUUUCCACUGCCAAAGUUUCUUUCUUCCUCCUUUCCCCUUUUCUUCCCUUGAUUGACUCCUUCCUCUCCUUCCUCAGGACGGAGGCUUUAUUUAUUAGGCUUUGGUGAAGAGAGGAGUCGUCCCGCAUCCUUCGGCUACUUCCUUCUCACCGCUGGGCAGAGGCUGCGGCAGCCGCAGCUGGUGGCGUUUCUGCUCCUUUGUGUUCCUGGAGGGGGGAGGGGAAGGGGGGGGGACUUCAUUGCACGCGGACCUGGGCCUGUUCCGACGUCACCCUGGAGAAGGACAGACGUGCAACCGUGGGAUUCGGAGAAAUUUUCGUAGAAUAAAGCAAAAAACAAAA